UCCCGUCGCCGCUGCCGCGCCGCCCCCGCCCCCGCGGCGCCAGAGCGAGGCUGGGCGUGCGGCGUCACGGCGACGGCCCCAAGCCUCGCCCCGGCCCCGGCAGCGGCAGCGAGCGAGCGAGCGGCGGACGGAGCGCGAGCGGGCUCGGCCGGCGAGGCGGCGGCGGCGGCGGCGGCGGCGGCGAGCGGAGGCGCUGUCCGGUAUUGGAGGUGAUUUCUCUCUUGCAUCAUGCGUGAAUACAAGCUAGUGGUUCUUGGUUCUGGAGGUGUUGGAAAGUCUGCCCUGACUGUACAGUUUGUUCAAGGAAUAUUUGUUGAAAAAUACGAUCCUACGAUAGAAGACUCCUACAGAAAGCAAGUUGAAGUAGAUGCACAACAGUGUAUGCUUGAAAUAUUAGAUACUGCAGGAACGGAACAGUUUACAGCAAUGAGAGACCUAUACAUGAAAAAUGGACAAGGUUUUGCAUUAGUAUAUUCCAUCACAGCACAGUCCACAUUUAAUGAUUUACAGGAUCUAAGAGAACAGAUUCUUCGAGUCAAAGACACUGAUGAUGUGCCUAUGAUUCUGGUUGGCAACAAGUGUGAUUUGGAAGAUGAAAGAGUUGUGGGAAAGGAACAAGGUCAGAACCUAGCAAGACAGUGGAAUAAUUGUGCAUUCUUAGAGUCUUCUGCAAAAUCAAAGAUAAAUGUUAAUGAGAUCUUUUAUGACCUUGUGCGGCAAAUUAACAGAAAAACUCCGGUGCCUGGAAAAGCACGCAAAAAGUCAUCAUGUCAGCUACUUUAAUACAUAGCUGUACUGUAGCUCUGAGCCAGGUCUGAAGAACUGUUGCCCAAUUCAACAGUGCCAGCAUUCCAACUUUAUUAAACCUACCAACAUCUUAAAUGGACUUUCCUGUGGUGGUACCCUUUAAGAAACGGAUGAAAGCUACUACAUCAGUUUGCACAUUCUAAUCACUUUCCAGUGUCACGAGAGAUUUUUACUUAUAAAUAUUCUAAGUGUAUGCAACUGGUAAAACCAGAGCCUACAUCCAGUAUUACUGAUAAGAGACAUUGUUCAUCCACCAAUGUUGUACAUGUAUGAAAACUGUGUACUGUAUACUUCAGCAAUCCCCACUUUCUAUUGGAGAGUACAAUAAUGUAAAUCCUAAAAGCACCACUAUUUUAGCAUAAUAAAAGAAAGUCCAAAGAGCUCCUAUAUAGACUACUCCAGAUAACUUUGCUUCAUCGGUAUUUGUAGCUUAUUGUAACUUUUUUAAAGAAAUACAGGAUCAUCAUCAUCGUAUUGUACAAAAGCGCUUUGAUUAACACAACAGCUAUAUAGUUUUUUAAUUUUAGGAAAAACCUGUGGAGACAGUGAUCUAGUCUUUAAGAGUCCUUUCAGUAUAAUGUCUGACUAAAGACAUGGCCUUUAAUAUCUGUUGGGAAGGAAAUGUCCAGACUUUUCAACCUUUUAUUGUAUGUUUCCUUUUCCUUGUUUACAUAGGGAAUAAUGUUUAUAGUUGUGUGUACAGUGGGGGUCUACAACAAGAAGUGUAUAUUUUAAAACGAUUUUUUAAUGAUUUAACAAUUUUUUGUAAAUCAUUUUUGGGCUUCUGCAGCUGUAGAUUCUCACUGUGAAUUCCCUUGCUUGCUCAUGCAUAAGUGUAUUUGCAAUACCAAAUAUACAGGUUUAGUACUUUUGCCUGUUAGUGAUUGUUUUACAUGUGUAACGUUUUGGUUGAGAUGUUAAAUGGUGGAAGAGUACUGUGGAUGUGAAUGUGGGAAGUAAUUUUAAUCAUGUGUAAUUGGUCACAGGGCCUAAGUUGCAGUAAUUAACUUUUGCUGAUUUAUUUAACAAUGCCUUGUUGCUUUGUAUGCAUUAACGUUUGGGUGUAAAGAUUGUGUGUAUAUCCAACAGGGAGCCACAGUAUUUAAAUUGACCAACCUAAUGUUACAACUGCUUUGAGGUGGCCAAAUGUAAACUAAAAGCCUUAAUUAAAGUGGUGCAAUUUUGUAUGACUUAGCAUCAGUAGUUCAAUAAAUUUGGAUUGCCAUGCAAGGGCUUGCAUUACAGUUA